UGUAUGUUUCUGUGGAGGAGAUAAGGGACGAGUGAAAGUUUGUAGAGCUCUUUUCUGGUGACAUCAACAGAGAGAGAGAGAGAGAGAGGGAGAAGGAGGGAGGGAGAGGCAGAGAGAGAAGAUUUUUGGGGAAACCUAAGUACAAAUCUGUGUGCCUCUCUCAUUCUCACAACCUCCAGGCGUACCAGUCUGUGUUGCGCCUCCGCUCUCUCAACUUUUUUUUCCCUCCUCUGUACUGAUUAGCCCUACAACUCCUCUGCAACUCUCACUUUUUAUUCCCUGGCAGCGGAGGGAUGUUCCCUGGAAGGAGGUUACACCCCAGCUGAACAUUUUCACCUUGGAAAGUUUCAGGCUUGAUAACUUCUCGGGGAGUUUGUGAAUGGGGAGCAUUUGGAGAGAGACUUUUACGCAUCGAGUUGAGUGACGCGCGGUGGGAUGUUUUAAAGAACAAGAAAACUUUUUCUUUGCAAGUGUCGUAGUUAAAUCCUCAUUUUCUUCCUUUUUCUUCAAUGGCAAGGGAGCGUUUUAAGGAGAUCCUGACUGAUCGAGUCUCCUGAGAGAAACUUUUUGGUGAACUUCUGCAGCAGCGAUUGAUUUGAUUUCGGCUCUCAUCACUUCUUUUUUCAAACCACACAGUCGAGCGGCCUCUCUUGACCUUUUCGGGAUCCUUACUUCCACAACAUCUACUCCCCCCCAGUGGAUUUUCAAUUAACAUCGCUUUGGAAGUAAUUUGAGUGGAUAUCAUGCCUCCGAUCGGGCCGGAGAAGCGAGCUGCGCUCUGCCGGGUUUGGGCUCUGGGUUUUGCGCUGCUGGUGUGCGCUGCCUCGGUGACUGGAUGCCCACACAAGUGCAGCUGCUCCGGGUCGCAUGUGGACUGCCAGGGUCUGGGCUUGAAGACUGUGCCUAAAGGAGUACCGAGGAAUGCCGAGCGAUUGUAUCAUCUGGAGGACAACCAAAUCAGUGUUGUCGAGAGAGGAGCCUUCCAAGACCUCAGACUGCUGGAGAGACUUCGUCUGAACAGAAACAAACUCCAGUUCCUCCCGGAGCUUCUCUUCCAGUCCAACCCCAAACUAGGACGACUAGACCUCAGUGAGAACCAGAUCCAGGCGGUUCCAAGGAAAGCUUUCAGAGGAAUCACAAGUGUCAAGAACCUGCAACUGGACAGCAACCACAUCAGCUGCAUCGAAGAUGGAGCUUUCCGAGCGCUGCGCGAUCUGGAGAUUCUCACCCUCAACAACAACAACAUCACCCUCAUCCCCUUGUCCAGCUUCAACCACAUGCCUAAGCUGCGGACGCUGCGUCUGCACUCAAACAACCUCCACUGUGACUGCCACCUGUCCUGGCUCUCUGAUUGGCUCAGAGCCAGGCGGGGGUUGGCUCCCUUCACCCAGUGCAUGGCCCCCGCCCACAUGAGGGGCCUGAAUGUCCCAGAUGUGCAGAAGAAGGAUUUUGUCUGCAAUGGUCCAGCACAGACAGAGUCGAGGACUUGUGUUCCUCAGGUAGCCAUUUGUCCGCCCAGCUGCAGCUGUAACAACAACAUCGUGGACUGUCGUCGUAAAGGCCUCACUGAAAUACCAGCGAACCUCCCUGAGGGCAUCGUGGAGAUUCGCUUGGAGCAGAAUUUGAUUAAAAGUGUCCCAGCAGGAGCCUUUUCUUCCUACAAGAAGCUCAAGAGGAUUGACUUGAGUAAAAACCAGAUUUUUGACAUUGCUGCUGAUGCUUUCAGUGGCCUCCGCUCACUCACCUCACUGGUGUUGUACGGAAACAAGAUCACAGAGCUGCCCAAGGGAUUGUUUGAUGGACUGGUUUCCCUGCAGCUACUGCUGCUGAAUGCCAACAAAAUUAACUGUUUGAGAGUGAACACCUUCCAAGACCUGCAGAACCUCAACCUGCUGUCGCUGUAUGACAACAAGCUGCAGACCAUCAGCAAAGGACUAUUCACCCCGCUGCGCUCCAUCAAGACUCUUCAUCUGGCCCAGAAUCCCUUUAUGUGUGACUGUCACCUGAAGUGGCUGGCAGACUACCUGUUUGACAACCCAAUUGAGACCAGUGGCGCACGCUGCAGCCACCCCAGACGGCUGGCUAACAAGCGCAUCAGCCAGGUUAAAGGCAAGAAGUUCAGGUGCACAGGUCAGGAGGACUACCGUAGUCAUCUGAGCGGGGAGUGUUUCCAGGACCUGGUGUGUCCAGAGAGAUGUCGCUGUGAAGGCACCGUGGUCGACUGCUCCAAUCUCAAACUGACCCGUUUACCUCCACACAUCCCUGAACACACCACAGACCUGAGGCUAAAUGACAACGAUAUUGCCGUGUUGGAGGCCACGGGGACGUUUAAGAAGCUGCCUAACUUGAAGAAAAUUAACCUGAGCAACAACAAGCUGAGGGACAUUCGUGACGGUGCGUUUGACGGUGCAGGUGGAGUUUUGGAGCUGCUGCUGACGGGGAACAAGCUAACUGGACUGCAGGGACGCAUGUUCAAAGGCCUGAGUGGCCUGAAAACUCUAAUGCUGCGGAGCAACCAGAUCACCUGCAUUGACAACAGCACAUUUAUGGGUCUGAGCUCGGUGCGUCUGCUUUCACUGUACGACAACCGGAUCUCCAGCAUCGCCCCAGGAGCCUUCUCCACCCUGCACUCCCUGUCCACCAUCAACCUCCUGUCCAACCCCUAUGUGUGUGAUUGUCAUUUGGCCUGGCUUGGUCAGUGGCUGAAGAAGACCAGGGUGGUCAGUGGAAACCCUCGCUGUCAGAGGCCAGCCUUCCUAAAGGAGAUCCCCAUCCAGGAUGUGGCCAACCCAGACUUCACAUGCGACGGUGCUGAGGAUAAUGGUUGUCUUCCUACGUCUGGUUGUCCUGACGUCUGCACGUGCACAGACGGCGUGGUGCGAUGCAGCAACAGAGGGCUGCACUCUCUGCCCAAGGGCAUUCCCAAGGACACCACGGAGCUUUACCUGGAGGGUAAUAUGCUGACAUCUGUGCCCAAGGAGCUGGCAGGCCUGAAGCAGCUGUCACUGGUGGACCUGAGCAACAACAGCAUCAGCACAUUGGCCCCCUUCACCUUCAGCAACAUGACUCAACUGGCCACACUCAUCCUGAGUUAUAACCAGAUCCGCUGCAUCCCGGUCCAUGCCUUCGAUGGGCUCAAGUCACUUCGCCUGCUCACUCUCCAUGGUAACGACCUUUCAACCAUACCCGAAGGAGCUUUCAACCACCUCACCUCCCUGUCCCACCUGGCUCUUGGUGCCAACCCACUGUACUGUAACUGUGACCUACGUUGGCUCUCUCAGUGGGUCAAGGCUGGCUUCAAAGAGCCUGGCAUUGCUCGUUGUACUGGACCUCCUGACAUGGCUGACAGGCUACUGCUCACCACACCUCUCAACAGAUUUCAGUGCAAAGGUCCAGUAGAUAUCAGCCUGAUGUCGAAGUGCGCCCCCUGCCUGGCAGCACCCUGCCAAAACAAUGGCACCUGUGUCUCUGAUGCUACUGGAUCCUACCACUGCACCUGUCCAUAUGGUUUCAAGGGUCAAAACUGUGAAUUACCCAUCAAUGCCUGUAUUAGUUUCCCCUGCUCUAAUGGAGGAACCUGCCACAUUCAGCCCGGCCAUGAAGACCACUUCAGCUGCGUGUGUCCGCCAGGUUUCGAGGGCCAACGCUGCGAGAUCAACCCAGACGACUGUGAAGACAACGACUGCGAGAACAACUCCACGUGCAUCGACGGAGUCAACAACUACACCUGCAUCUGCCCGCCCAACUACACAGGUGAUCUGUGUGACGAGGUGGUUGACCACUGUCUCCCGGGUUUCGACCCCUGUCAACACGACUCAAAGUGUGUCAGUGCUAGCCGCGUUUACAGGUGCGAGUGUUUACCGGGCUAUGUGGGCCAACACUGCGAGCAGGACUAUAAUGACUGUCUGGAGAAUAAAUGUCAACACGGAGCAGAGUGUGUGGACGCUGUCAACGGCUACACUUGCGUCUGCAAAGAAGGUUUCAGCGGCCUGUUCUGCGAGAACCCUCCGCCAAUGAUCUUGCUGCAGACCAGUCCCUGCGACCAAUCCGACUGCCAGAACGGCGCCCAGUGCCUGGUGGUUGCUGGGGAGCCCGUCUGCCGCUGCAUACCCGGUUUCUAUGGCAACAAAUGUGACAAGAUGGCCACCGUUCACUUCCUGGGUCGGGAUGCGUACGUAGAGCUGCCAAGCGCGAAGCUCCGGCCCACGGCGCAUAUUUCAUUACAGGUGGCUACAGAUAAAGACAACGGCAUUUUGUUGUAUAAGGAGGACCACGACCCCCUAGCACUGGAGCUGUACCAGGGACACAUACGACUCAUCUAUGACAUCGCCAACUACCCACCCACCACUGUGUAUAGCGUGGAGUCGGUGAAUGACGGCCUUUUCCACACGGUCGAGCUGUUGAUUCAGAACCGUUCGCUGAGUCUGGUGGUGGAUAACGGUGCCCCCAAGAGUCUGGGAAAGCUUGCACGCCAGCCCUCUGUCGACCACAACACCCAACUUUACAUAGGAGGUGUACCAUCCCAGGUAGUGGCCUCAGGUCUACGACCUGGCCCCGAACGAUCCCCUCAGGCUUUUAACGGCUGCAUCCACAACGUCCGAAUCAACGGGGAGCUUCAAGACCUGAGUUACCGAGCAGGAGGAGGAGCGCGACCACAAGGGGUCGAGGGCAAGGGUGAGGGAAUUCUCGCAGGGUGUCAUUCCUGCAGUGUGUGCGCCCAGGGGGCGUGCAGGGAGGGAGGAGAGACAGGGGUGACGUGUGAUUGUCCUCCAGGACGCAGUGGUGCCCUGUGUGACCAGACGACAGCACCCACCGCCUGUCAGAACAGCAGGUGCGUUCACGGUCUGUGUGUGCCAAAGGGUCAGUCCUACAGCUGCCAGUGCAGUGAUGGCUACCAGGGUCAGUACUGCGAUCGACGGCAGGAGCCUCUAGCCUGCAGGGGGCAGCGCUGCGGACACGGGGAGUGUCGUGUGUCAGAAGCAGGAGAGCCUGUCUGCCACUGUCAGCCAGGGUACACUGGGCCUACCUGUGACACAGAGCUGACAUGUCAAGGAGAGACGGUGAGGGAGCAGCUGAAGCGCCACCACCCGAUGAGAACAUGCACGUCCACCAGCAAGAUUCCUCGCAUGGAUUGUCCCCGAUCCUGCCAGGCAGCGGCGCCUCCGGGUGUUUGCUGUGGCGUCACCAAGACCAGAAGGAGGAAGGUGGUGUUCCGCUGCACCGACGGCACCUCGUACUCCGAGGAGAUGGAAACUGCUCUGGAGUGCGGCUGCUCCAAGUGCCCGUUGUAACAGCGCCGCAGUUUGUUAAGUUUGUUUUGCAAACACCCACCGCUGCCAUUUUGUGAAUUCUACACGUCAAAGAGGCUGUCGCUCUGAGAUUCUUCCACGUUGAUGAGCACCAUGUGAUUUUUUUUUUUUUUUUUACACGUUCAGUUUGACCGCCGCCAAUUUGCUGCCAAGAGAAACCACAAACAAAAACAAAAAUGGGACAUGUGUGCGUGUUUUUUGACAGAGAGAAAAUAUAUUGUAAGAUAUAAGUGAGAAAAAACAUAGAACUUAUUUUUAUUAUGGAUUUUUUUUUUCUAAAAGAUGAUAAAAGGACUGAUAAGUUGUGUUUUUUUAAUAUGUUGAUUAUAUAAUGUGUUACAUAGUAAGGAAAGUUAUUUUGUACCUUGUAAGGAGAAAAAAAUACACAGCAAAAUAGAUUAACAUUCCUUAAAAGUAUAUGAAUUUAUAUGUAUGUAUAAAUCUAUAUAAAUAUAUACCCUAACCCAAUGAAUUCUAUAUUUUCAAAGUGUAUUUGCAUGAUGUUAAUGUGAGUGCUGAUGUGUGGGAGGCUUUGGACACUGAGAGAGGAGGGCUGAGAGAGAAGAGCUCCCUUGACUCCAGGACAAGGAAAAGGUGGCAGUCUUUGUUGCCCUCCCUCUUGGAGAGGAGAGCGGGAACUGUACGUGCCUAGCUAACCUGCUUCAUUAUAUAAUGGACGUCAUCCUCACAUGUGAGUUCUUUGAGAAACCAUAAAAGACUCUUUCCACAGAGAUGAUUUAACAGUUUGUUCUAAUGUUGUGUUAUUCUUUAGUUUGCUGUUGUACACCAGACUUGGAGCCACAUGAGGUUUGACAUGAAAAUCUGAGAGAUAUUUGCUGUUUUUCAAAGGGACAGUUCACCCCAAAAUCAAAAAUAUAUAUUUUUCCUCUUACCUCUAGUGCUGUUUAUACAUUUAGAUUGUUGCACUGCACUUGCCAAUCAUAUCACUGCGCAGAAGGAAGUGUGCAUCUACUCGUGAAGAGGCUCGUGCUCAUGACUUUGCCAGAUGUGAACAUUAAUGGCGCCUUCCAUGGCGGAGCUAGCUAAGUGAUGCUAGGUGAGCUAGCAGUAGAUGCAUGUUUCCUUCUGCGCUGUGAUCCAGUUGGCAGGUGUAGUUCGUUAGAAAGAAAAUAGUACCUACAUAAAACUGCUCACAACAAGGUCUAUUCAUUGUCUUGAGCAAUGAUUUAUGAAAAAAAGAAACAUUGCUGUUGAGUUUUUGUAUAUUUUUGGCGCUUUGAGCACCACAAGCUGAGUGCCAUCUAGUUCCAUUACAAAUAAGAGAAGGCAGACGUCUCUACGGCCGAUAUCUCCAACAUUCGGCAACUCACACCAAAACGAUCGAGACUGAUAAAUAGCACUACAGGUGAGAGGAAAAAUAUGUAUUCUUUACUUUAAGGUGAACAUUUUCUUUGAGAAUUAAAAAUUGUAAAUGAGGAAUUCACAUUCAGAUCGACAAUAGUGAAAUCAUACUGUAAGUUCAGCACCAUGCUGAGUCUUUACCUGUUAGCUGCUGAGAUUUGAAAUUAGUUUUAAAUCAGAUACAAAGGGAUAUUGCUGAUGAGUCAUGAGUCACCACCGGAUCACAUAACAAAGAAAGUGAAGAGACAGUUAAGAGUAACUUAAUGCCAGGUGUGUGGAUCACUGCUGACUUUUGUUGUUUGUGGUCAGAAGGAUGCUCUGUGCCAACUCUUCCUACCUACAACACUAAUGUCACAGUGUACUGACACACCCUGAGGUUUGUUUCUACAUCACAACAGCAAAAGCAACUUCUGCUGGUUUAAGUUGCUCUUUAAAUGGCUGCUAAACAUGAGUGGAUCUUCUGAGUGGGCGGGGAAGCCAUUUUAACUAAAGCCGUAAUGCCAAAGUGAAAUGUAUUUGCCUUAACAGAUAAGUAUGUCAACAAACUAUUGACUGAAAUUGUUGAUUUAUACAACUUCAAGUGCCUUGGUGUACUUUAAUCGGAAUUUGAAAAGGUUGCUGCAACAGUGUCAACGACUGAAUGUUUCAUUUUUUUAUCAGUUUGGGUGGAUAAAGGUAUUGUUGUGUCGCGUGUCUCCAUGACAACACAAUCAAAAUUCUAGGACUGUUCUGUAUUGAUUGAGAUGGGGUGGCCAGGGUGUGACUUUUUUGUUUGUUUGUUUGUUUGUUUUGUUGACCCUCCCCAAAGCUACAGAUAUUAUUCCUUGAGCCUCCCGUGACCUAGGGAAUAUAUACAACCCUCCCUCCACCAUAAAUUAAUUAUGCCAUUUCUAAAUGUACCCAUUGCCUCACAGCAAGAGGGUUCCUGUUCUCCAGGGUGGGGGAGCCCCUCUGUGCGGAGUUUGCAUGUUCUCCCCGUGUUAGCGUGGGUUUCCUGCAGGUACUCCAGCUUCCUCCCACAGUCCAAAGACAUGCAGGUGAAUUGGUGACUCUAAAUUGUCCGUAGGUGUGAAUGUGAGUGUGAAUGUGAAAAUCCAAUGAAAAUUUCUGUUCUUGCAGAUUCUGGCCAUGAAAAAUGGUGCAUUUUUGGAGAUUUUUAAAGAAAACACACCUUUUAAAGGCACCUGCAUGUUUACUUUUAAAAAUAUGUGUUAAAAUAAAUACAAAAUACAACCAUUUAAAUUUGUAUGCCCCUCCACUAAGCCAAAAUAAAAAGCAUAAGUCCCUCCCCAGAGCUUGAAAAGUUAUUUGACCACCCCCUCUCCUCUCAUAAAUAACGAACAGUCCCUUAGUUCCCAAAGAAAAUGAUGCUCACAUUAAAUAAAUACACCCUCCCUCCUGAUCACGUUGUGUGUGCAGGCCAUUUGAAAUGUGUGGAAAUUCCAAAGCGAUUAAAACAAUUAAAUUGGAUCAAACAUGGUGACACAGGCCUUUUGGUAUGAAUUAUGUGAAUAUGUGAAAUUGCAGCACCAACAAGAACCCAUUUCCUCUUCCAGUGCUAAUGUGUGAUGCAUUCGGUGUGUAAAGUGAUAACAUUAUAAAUGCAUGUCUGAUUGUUCGAUGGAUCAUAAUGUGCAUACAGGAAAAAACAUUUCAAUGAAGCAUUGACCUUGAAAAUGUUCACAUAUACGUUUAAGGUGAAGCUUUUUGUUCAUUUGUUCAUGUUUAAAUGUCCGCACCGACAGUGUGGGGUGGAGGUUAAUACGUGGCGUACAGUUACAAACCAAAAGACAGCGUGCUCCAGUCUGAUCACAGCAAACCUCCACAUCAACGACUCAGUUGCUCCUGUAACUCUGUCACUGUUUUGGACCAAGGUACCACUACACAGCUGAGAAAUCAACAUCAGUAGGGUUUUAACCGCCUAUAGAUGACUAACAUGAUUAAAGUAUAGCAAAAGACUAUAAUGUAACUACUACUGUAUUGUUUACUUUAUACAUUGAUGCAUUGUUUACAACAGGUGCAACGUUUUGUCACACUUCUACAGUUUAAUUCACAGCUCUAAUAUUCUGGGUUUGACACAUAUCAGUGUUAUCUUUGUCCAUGUCACUGUUUCCUACACCUCCUUCUGUUUGACCCUCACUUCUUGUCUUCAUACCCCCACCCACCCCCGUGUCUUCAUCCAAAACGUCUCCUCUACUCCCCCUAUUCCCAUUUUCACAACAAUUUCAGCUCCUAUCUUUUGCCCAUUUUUCUUUGCUGUACUCAUCCCCUCUUUCCUGCUCUUAAAGGUUCAGUUCUUAAUUGUGAAAAGAAUCUAUUAUGACUUACUGACGAUAAAAAAUAACCAUAAAGUCAGUCAGUCUCCAUCUCCCAUGUCUUAGGUUUAAAUAAAACAUGAAUAUGUGAGUGAUGAUAAUUGAUACUUAUGUUGAAUGUUCAAAUUAAACUACCAUUGAAACUAUA